AUGUCCCGUUAUCCAGUUGCAACAGGUGCCGCGAAGGCCCUGGUAGACAAACACGCAGCGGAGCUUCCCUUGAAACUCUAUGCUGGCUGGUUUUGCCCAUACGUCCAACGCACCUGGAUCACCCUCGAAGAAAAAAAGAUCCCAUACCAAUACAUCGAAAUAAACCCCUAUGACAAAUCCCCCUUCUUCCUCGCCCUGAACCCAAAGGGCCUCGUCCCAACCCUUAUCGCCCCCCAACCAAACAACAAACCCUCCAAACCCCUCUACGAAUCAAACAUCAUAGACGAAUACCUCGAAGAAGCCUUCCCAGAAAACACCCCACACCUGCUUCCCCAGGACCCCUACGAGCGCGCCCGCGCCCGCAUCUGGAUCAACUUCGUCGACAGCCGCAUCACCCCCAACUAUCGCAAGUUACAACUGGCCAAGUCGACAGACGACCUCCAUGCGGCGCGCGGGGAGUUUUUGAAGGCGCUUAAGGAAUUCACGCGGGCGAUGCAUGGCGAGGGACCUUAUUUCUUUGGUGGGGAGAUAGGGUUGACGGAUAUUGCGCUGGCGCCGUGGGCGGUGAGGUUUUGGAAGGCGGAGAAGUUCAAGGAGGGUGGGCUUGGGAUUCCGGCCGAAGGGAAGGGGGAAGAGGAUGAGGGGGUUUGGGCGCGGUGGAGGAAGUGGGAAAAGGCUGUUUUGGGGAGGGAGAGUGUGAAGAAUACGUUGAGUGAGAGGGAGUAUUAUGAGAGGUUGGCGAAGAUGGAUUGGGCGAAGAUUUGA